AUGAUGAAAUCGGAAGCUGAGAGCUCAGGCGCAGGGGACACCGACGAAGAAGACCCCGAAGCGCUGCUCGAAGAAGUGAAAGCAGAUCAAGCUAAAGAAGAAGAAAAGGUCAAGGCCGCCGCCGAAAAGCUUGGGGACACAGAGCGCAGAGUGGGUGACAUACGCGGAAAGUGGCAUCUCUACUCCGCGCAAUGGGUGGAAGAAUAUGCAAGCAAGGAGGGCCAAGACCUCGAAGAUACCGACUGGACCGACGGUGUCGGAAGUAUCGAGUUUGGAAAGCACCUCAUCGUCGAAGAUCUCGGUCCCUAUGCUGGCGAUAUGGGCAUGCAACUCGAGAUCUUCGGUGGGCCUGUAGACGCCCAGGCGACCAGUUUCGACAAAACCAAAAUAUACAUCCACGUGUCCCGAAAGCGUCCAGCUCUUCGAUGA